AUGGAUGUUCCCAAGCAGUCCUUAAAUGUGUGCCCCAAAAGAGCAGUUCUUUUAUCCCAAUUCGAUCCUUUAACGAUGCAACGUGAAGACGGGAAGAAACAGAGAGCCACCUGGAAUAAACAAAUCGAAUUCAUUUUAUCCUGCGUCGGAUAUGCAGUAGGUCUUGGUAACAUCUGGCGUUUCCCAUACUUAUGUUACAAAAGCGGGGGAGGUGCUUUCCUCAUUCCUUACUUCCUCUUUCUUUUGAUUUGUGGGAUACCCCAAUUUUUCUUAGAAAUGAGCCUCGGACAGUUUGCAAGUUUGGGAUUCGUCGCAGUCUGGAAAAUAUCGCCAAUUUUUAAAGGCAUAGGAUUUGGAAUGGCUAUAAUCUCCUUGAUUGCUUGCGUUUAUUACAAUGUAGUCAUCGCCUGGUCACUGUAUUACAUCUAUUACUCCUAUUCUAUGCCUUGGUCCUCCUGUAAUAAUUCGUGGAAUACACCUAACUGUGUGUCGCAAGAUGAUUCAAUUAAGAAUCGGAUGGGAUUUUUGAACUCCACUCAACCCAAAGACUUUUUGAGUUCAUCUUUAAAUGUCUCGAAGAUGAUGUCUAGCGAAGAGUUUUGGCUUUUCCAUGUUCUACGACAAAGUGCAGGUAUCGAUACUGUUGGAGCUUUGCAGUGGCCUCUCGUUUUUACUUUGUUCACUGCUUGGGCUAUUGUUUUCGUCUGCGUUGCGAAAGGAAUAAAAACCUCUGGGAAGGUCGUGUACGUCACCGCAACCCUUCCUUACUUCGUUCUCGCUUGCUUAUUUAUUCGAGGUGUAACUCUGCCAGGUUCUUGGAAUGGAAUCCAAUUCUUUUUGAAACCGAAAUGGUCGAAAUUGCUGACUUUCAAAGUGUGGGGUGAUGCAGCAACUCAAAUCUUUUAUUCCAGUGGAACAACUUGGGGAGCUUUAUUGACCAUGGCUAGCCAUAACAAAUUUGACAACAAUGUAUAUAGAGAUUCGUUGCUGAUUCCCCUCGUAAACAGUGGAACGAGCAUUUUAUCUGGAUUUGUGGUCUUUUCUUAUCUUGGCUUCAUGUCUUACGAAACAGGAAAAGGCAUAGAGGAUGUUGUCGCUCAAGGUCCUGGUUUAGUGUUCGUAGUCUAUCCGGAAGCGAUAUCUCGCCUUCCUCUAUCAGCCAUCUGGGCAUUCUCCUUUUUCUUCAUGCUUUUUGCAGUUGGGCUGGAUACACAAUUUGUAAAGUUCGAAAGUAUUGUAAGGGCCUUAGCUGACGAAUACCCGACAUUUUUUCAAAAAAGGAAGACUUUGUUUUCAGCAGUACUUUGCCUACUUCUAUUUGUCCUUGGUUUGCCUUGCGUUACACAAGGUGGAAUAUAUGUAGUGCAAUUAAUGGAUUGGUACAGUGCCGCUUUUUCCUUGAUGUUUUUUAGUUUAUUCGAAACGAUCGUGGUAGCGUGGAUCUAUGGUGUGGACCGUUUUGCUCUUGACAUCUCUUUAAUGAUCAAAAGAAAACCCUCUUUGUGGUGGAAGCUAUGUUGGUGCUACAUCACACCAGCCUCAGUAACAGUCCUCUUAUUAUUCAUCGUAAUCAACCACACUGCCAUCACUUAUGGAAACUACAAAUAUCCCACGUGGUCCAUUGUCAUCGGAUGGAUUUUGGCCACGUGUUCCAUUGUUCCUAUUCCAACAGUUGCUUUUUGGACACUAGUCAGGAAAAAAGGAAGUUUAAAACGUCGAAUAAUAAACAGUUUGCGACCCACUGCAGAUUGGGGACCAGCCUCAGAAAAAAAUAAAAAUCUUUACAAGAAAAGCACGAAUGUUGUGAGCAGUCGUUUUGGAAAAGCAUUUCUAAAAGAAAAACCUGUUUCUAUGCAAAAUUUUACGGAAAAAUCCAACAAUGAAACUCAAGAAAAAGCAAGCGAGGAUCUACAGCAUAAGAUCUGAAAGCGAAACUGUUUUUUCAAUUUCAAAACGGGAUUGAAUAUAAUCAUGCGCCAACAUGAUGGGAUUUUUUUUUAUUAUUUAGUAAAAGAUCGAUGACACUUACGAAAUUGUGUGGGCAGCCAAUAAGAAAAUAGAGUACUUUCAAGCUAUAGGCGCAUAGGAUGUCAAGGAAAAAGUGGAGAUUCGUUUUCGGAUCUAAAAUAUAGUUUCGCAUUUUACUCAAGAGUAAUAACUCUUGAAGUAUUUUUACUGAGUUUCUGCUCGAACCCUAAAACCGCAAUUGUAAACUGAACAGUUUCAGCAAUUUUGUACUUUUCGAUCCUUUAGGGGAUGCUAUCUUGAAUUGAAUGGCGAUUUUUUUAUUUAUAAUUGAAUGUGGCAUCUCUGUCUCUUUUAAAACGAGCACGAGAAUAAAGCUUUAAAUAUCCAUUUUUUCCCUUGUAUUAAGCAUAUAGGAAUAGCUAUUAUUUUUCCUUUUUGAAGUAUUUUGAAAUUUUUUCCAGUUCUCUUUAAUAUUAUUACUUUUAUCUUUUCUUGCUUUUUUUAAUUUUUAUAAUUAUGUAAUUUUUCAUCAUUUUAAAUUUAUUGUUAUGUUUUCAA